AUGCCCUUGGGGAUUCUCGAGGCAAAGGACAUCGAGCGUGUUCCUGGCACGACUCGGUAUUUCGACGAUCCUUCUCAACCCCAGAUAGCUGAUGAGCAUCAUGGAAACCUCAAGCGCGUUCAAGUUGGGAAGGAAUCCAUCAUUCUUAUCCCUCAACCCUCCGACGACCCAAACGAUCCCUUGAACUGGUCACUUUUGCGACGCGACUUAAUCACCUUCCUCCUCUGCUUCGCCGGUAUACUUGCCACUGCGCUGGGUCCCAUCCUCGCUGCCAACACUCUUACCAUCUCCCAACUCUUCACCAAGGACUUCACCAAGGUCGCUCUGUUGACAGGAUACUUUCUGCUUGGCUGUGGUGCUGGUGCCAUAUUCUUCGUCCCCUCCGGUCGCAUUUGGGGAAAGCGUCAUUCAUUUCUCAUCGGCAUACUCAUUCUUAUUGCCUCGAGUGCGUGGGCUGGGUCGGUCGGAACAAAUUAUGGAAGUUUCAUUGGUGCCAGGAUCGUCCAAGGCGUCGGAUGUGCGCCUUAUGAGAGUUUAUUGAAUGCUGCUGUCGGCGACCUCUAUUUUGUUCAUCAACGAGGAGUGCGGAUGGCGUUUACGAACUUGGCAGUGUUUGGUGGCGCUUUUUUUACUCCCAUCUUGGUCGGUAGAAUCACCGCGUCAUUGGGAUGGAAAUGGACCUUCUAUUUCGUUGCUAUAUUUCUUGCCGCUACCCUGCCAGCGGUUUUCUUCUUGUGCCCCGAGACGGCCUAUCGUCGGGACGCGAACCUGAACACUGAUACUACAGGCGACCUAGGAAUAGAAUUGACGACAAAAGACAAACAUCAGACUCCCCCACCGCAGCAAGAGUCCGGAUUCUCGGCCUCUCAACCACUUGACAAGCCUGCUGCAGGUUUUACGUUCUUUCCCUCCUCGAAUGCCCUUCAACCCAUUGGAAACGCCAACACACCAAAGAAAGACUUCCUUCAAUCGAUCUCGCUUUUCGAUGGACGGAAAACAGACGAACGAUACUGGGUCCUUCUUUUGCGGCCAUUCCCUCUCCUGGCACAUCCAGCAUUUAUUUGGGGCUGCCUCAUCCAAGGUGCCAUGAUCGGCUGGACAGUGUUCAUUGGAGUUAUCGUGGCAGCCAUGUUCAUUGGAUCUCCUUACUACUGGGAUGAGGUAAAUGCUGGAUACACUUACGUUGGACCCUUCAUUGGUGCUGUCCUAGGCUUCGUCUUGGCUGGCCUGUUAGCCGACUCCAGCGUCAAAUACAUGACCAAGCUGAACAAGGGUAUCUAUGAACCUGAGUUUCGCAUUCUUCUAGUAAUUCCCAUGAUGAUCAUCGGAGGAAUUGGACUAUACGGGUUUGCCUUGACAGCCCCCGGUGUUAUAGAGAAGAAGUACUCGUACCCUGUCCCGUUGCUCUUUUUCGGCUUUGAGGUUGCAGGCAUGGUUAUCGGAGCUGUUUCCAGCUCCUUGUAUAUCGUCGACGCGUACCGGGAUUUGACGAUUGAAGGAUUCACAAUCAUGAUCGUCUUCAAGAACUUCUUCAGUUUCGUCCUGACGUUCUUUGCCUUCGACUGGAUCAACGAGGGUGGUAUUGAACGGACAAUGAUUUCGAUUGCUUCAAUCCAAGUUGUAGUAUGCCUUCUUAGCAUACCAAUGUAUGUUUAUGGCAAACGCGUGCGCGCUUUCUACUACCGUCAUGACUUGCUUGAUAUGACUGGCCUUCGAUAA